AUGUCAAAUAGGAAAAGUAUUGAUGAAAUGAAUUUAUCUGAAGAAAAUAAAAGGAGCAAAAGUAUUUUUUCCUGCCGUCCAGUUAAAUAUGUAUGUUUAUCAGUAGCCGUAGCUGCCGUUGGAUAUGCAAAUUAUUGGAAUAACGGAGAUAGAAAUUCCUUAUCAUGCGUUGAUUUGAAUAAUGUAUAUUCCAGAAAUUUGUCUGAAGUACAAGCAAACAAUACUUCCUCCUUUAAAGGAACUAAUUUGGCAGAGAAUGGAAACCAAGGGGAUGUUAUUUUAGGUGCUCAUAGAGAUGAGUCAUUUGCAGAGGCUUUUUUGAAUGGACAAGAUAUUAUUAGUUAUUUAGAACAUCAAAAUACCAAAAUUCAUGAAGAUAAUAUUCAUGAUGAUGUUUCACAUACGCUGUUAAAUGAAGGUGAUGUACAAAAUUAUUAUGAUGUAUUAAAUGUAAAUGAGCACUCUGAUAUAAAUGAACUUAAAAGAAAUUUUCACAACUUAUCUUUACAACAUUAUCCAAAGGUAAAUAGUGAUAACAGCUUUGAGUUAAAUGAUGAAUUUAAUCAAAUAAGUGAAGCAUUUCAAGUAUUAAGUUAUCAAUUAAGAAAAAAUAUUUAUGAUAAUGAAGGAGUAGAUGGAACAAAAAAAAUGGCUAUAGUAAAUCCACUUGUAUAUUUUAAUGGAAUAUUUACAACUCAAUUAAUGCAUGAAUAUAUCGGAACUCCCGAGGUAGCACAAUGUGUUAAAUUAUUUUUAGAAAAAAACGUUGCACCUGAAAAUAUAGUAUCUUUCCUUGAAGAGUCUGUUGGUGAUAUGAUGAAAG